UAGACCGGAUUUCAAGGAUAUGUGCAUUUAAGUUCUUGAACGUGCAGCAACCAUGUGAAUGGUCUAGUUUGUUCCCGUUGGACGACUAAGCGAGGAGAAGUAUCCCAGGAUCCACUACACCGUUAAAAUGCCUGUGCAUCAGAUAUCCGUCAAGCCUAUUAGUAGGGAUUCCACGUGUAAUGACCAGGGCAGCAUCAGAACCAGAAAUAAGCGUAAAGAAAAUGAGGCACAUAGUUCCACCCAGGGGGCAGUACUCACUGGCACAUCACAGCCUUCCUGUCUGGAAACGAACAGCCCAGAUCAUACCACAGCCAUCAUUUCUGUAAGCCACACCCCCAUCACUAAGCAACAGGUGAAGCGUCGUUACCGGCAGCAACGGAAGAGCGGUGGUUGCGUCGUAGAGUGUGUGGACCAGUCAAAGAGCGCACACACCCAUAACGACUCAUCUUCGGGAGACGAACAGUACCACAGGGCAGCUCGAUCAUGGAGCCGUGAGAAAGCCCGGCGCAGACGACGCCCACGCGUGCUCCCGUGCUCCCGUAAGGAUGAGGCCCAGAAACAGGACCUCCAGACCUCUCAGGGGACAUCCUUAAAGAUGGAGGAGCUAGACAGCAAGUCAGCCAAUCACGCCAGAGAGAGUGAGUGCGGCACUGAAAAGGGUAGCGAGGACGAAGAGCCAAUCACGAAGACGUAUGAGGAACGAGGAUCAGGAGACGCAGAUAUGGCCAUCCAAACAGCUCAGAAGUACACAGAGGCGUCCAAUCAGAACGGGAAACUACAGGAAGCGUGCACUGAUGAUGAUGAUGAACUAGAAGUGUGCAGGAUCUGCCACAGUGAAGGUGAUGAGGAGUGUCCUCUCAUCAUGCCAUGUAGGUGCACAGGAAGUCUACGCUUCGUGCACCACGCCUGCCUGCACCAGUGGAUCAAAAGCUCAGACACGCGCUGCUGUGAACUGUGUAAAUACAACUUCAUCAUGGAGACGCACCUCAAACCCUUGCGCAAGUGGGAGAACUUGCAGAUGUCUACAAACGAGCGCAGGAGGAUCUUCUGCUCGGUGAUCUUUCACCUGGUGGCUGUGGCAUGUGUCGCCUGGUCGCUCUUCACCUUCGUCCUCAGGAACCACACUGCUGAAGGAUUACAGCAAGGCAAAGAGCACAAUGGACUGCUGGAGAGGCUGUUCUGGACCAAGCUUGGCAUUGUGGCCCUCAGCGUGGUGGCAGGCCUCAUCUUCAUGUACAUCCAGUGCAAAGUUUACCUAAACCUGUGGAGGCGCCUGAAGGCUUUUAACCGUGUCAUUUUUGUGCAAAACUGCCCAGACUCGGUGUGCAACGGAGCUGAAAAGGCCCCGCCCCCUCACAUUGUUCCCAACCACCAGACCCAAACAAACGUUACCUGCCCUGUCCCUGCAGGAGGAAGUGCAGAUACGGUGCCUGUUUGAUUUUCUAUUCAGAUG